CGCCCGCACAGAGGGGACGUGGCGGCUAUAAAAGCCCCACCCAGGCAUCGCUCCGCUCCGCUUCUGGGGACGCUCGCAGCUCUCUGCUCCCAGCCCAGCUCCUUUCAAAAUGUCUACUGUUCAUGAAAUUCUGUGCAAGCUCAGCUUGGAGGGUGAUCACUCUACACCCCCAAGUGCGUACGGGUCAGUCAAAGCGUACACCAACUUUGACGCUGAGCGGGAUGCUUUGAACAUUGAAACAGCCAUCAAGACGAAAGGUGUAGACGAGGUCACCAUCGUCAACAUCCUGACCAACCGCAGCAAUGAACAGAGACAGGAUAUUGCCUUCGCCUACCAGAGGAGGACCAAAAAGGAACUUGCAUCAGCACUGAAGUCAGCCUUGUCCGGCCACCUGGAGACAGUGAUUUUGGGCCUAUUGAAGACACCUGCUCAGUAUGAUGCUUCCGAGCUGAAAGCUUCCAUGAAGGGGCUGGGGACUGAUGAGGACUCCCUCAUUGAGAUCAUCUGCUCGAGGACCAACCAGGAGCUGCAAGAAAUUAACAGAGUCUACAAGGAGAUGUACAAGACCGAUCUGGAGAAGGACAUUGUUUCUGACACCUCCGGUGACUUCCGCAAGCUGAUGGUUGCCCUCGCAAAGGGUAGAAGAGCAGAGGAUGGCUCUGUCAUUGAUUACGAACUGAUUGACCAAGAUGCCCGGGAUCUCUAUGAUGCUGGAGUGAAGAGGAAAGGAACGGAUGUUCCCAAGUGGAUCAGCAUCAUGACCGAGCGGAGCAGGUGUCAUCUGCAGAAAGUAUUUGACAGGUACAAGAGCUACAGCCCUUACGACAUGUUGGAAAGCAUCAGGAAGGAGGUCAAAGGAGACCUGGAAAAUGCUUUCCUCAACCUGGUGCAGUGUAUCCAGAACAAGCCCCUAUAUUUUGCUGACCGACUGUAUGACUCCAUGAAGGGCAAGGGGACUCGCGAUAAGGUCCUGAUUAGAAUCAUGGUCUCCCGCAGUGAAGUGGACAUGUUGAAAAUUAGGUCUGAAUUCAAGAGGAAGUAUGGCAAGUCCCUGUACUACUACAUCCAGCAGGACACCAAGGGCGAUUACCAGAAAGCGCUGCUGUACCUCUGCGGUGGGGACGACUGAGGCUCUCGGCGGUGCCCGGGAGCGGUGGUGCUCCGCGCUUCCAGCUAACGGUCCUAGGAAGUAGCUUGUGACUAACAGCUCCCUGUGCCCAUCCCUGUGAGGGUGACAUUAGUGUCGCCCCCUCCCUGUCCUUAUUUCAGCAUCGCCCAAGCAUUGCCUGCCUUUCCCAUCUAGUUUCUCCUUUCAGCCAAAGAAAUGAACAUUCCAAGGAGUUGGAAUUGAAAUUUAUGAUGUGAAACACCUUGCCUCUUGUGUACUGUCAUAAGCAGAUGAAUAAACAGAAUUUGUACUUUAGAAAUGA